CUCUAGAAAAACAAAAACAGGAUUACAGAACACCAGCCAAGGUGACAUUUUCGGGAAAAAAGAAUAAAUGUCUAUUAAAUGGUUUACCCGAGCCAAGAAAACUUUGUUACAGCUCAGAUUUUGACAUGGCAGCGGAUGAUGAGAUGAAGAAUGAAAAUGUUAAAACAACUGAUGUGUUGACACCGAAUGAUGUUGAAGACGGAAUCUUAGAUCGUGAAAUCUACAGUGAUAGCGAUGACGACAACCUUCUACACUAUUGUCAGGUUGAUGAUGAUGAGGAGGAUGAAACUCAAGAAUCGGCACCAAAAACUCCACAGAUUCCUGAUGACACACAGAAAGAUUCUGAGGAACAGUUAGUUCCAAAUUCCCAGACUAAAAACACGAAAUCUACCGAGACUGAAAAUGUAGUAUGCUCUGCCACCACACCAAAUAAAACAAACUUACAAAAACCUCUAAAAAGUGUUUUCGCCAUUCCAAGAGAACCAACCCGCAAUCUGAGACCCCGAAAACGCACCAACUACGAUGAAAAUACAGUAGAAAUCCCAAGUUUCAAAAGUGGGAUUAGUCCCAAGAUGUUUGGUCUUUUAAAAAACAGAUCCACCCAAAAUAAAAAUAGAACAGCGCUGAAGGAUUCGAGAAACGUAACGAGACAUGAAAUGGAAGGACAGAACGAAUUGGAAAUCGCAGCCAAUAAGAAACCUGCUUCUAAAAAAACACCUAAGAUUAAAACCAUGCCUGGUUUAUUUGACGAAUAUGAAAUCGAAAUGACGUCUGAGAGUGAAUCCAAGAAAGUCCAUGACAAACUGGUCGAUGAAUUUUUGAAAUUUGAGAAAUCCAACAGAUCGAAUGAUACUGAAAAUAAGGAAAAGAAGAAUAAAUUGAGAGAAAAUUUAGCUGAUGAACUUGAAGAUAAUGGAAAGCCAGCUGGUUCUCUAGAUACAGAAUCAAGAUCUACUGGUAGAAAUAUUGAAACUCAUUUAGAAAAGAAGGAAUCAAAAAAUAGGGGAGGUAAUCCAGUGGAUUUAAAGCAUAUUAACGAAAAAAAGAAGAGAGAUAAUCCAUUAGAUGAUACAAACGAGCAAAAGAAGGGAAAUAAUCAAGUUGAUGUUAAACAUAUGAACAAAGAAAAGUCGUUAGAAAUAUCCGGUCAAAAUCUGGAGGGCGGAAAAAGGCCUCUGAAGAAAAAGAAAAGAGAUAAAAUAAUUCCAUCUGCCGUUGUUAAAUUAUCACGAAAUCCAAUAUCAAAGAAUGAUGAAAUUCCUGAUUUAACAAAUUUGAGUGAUGAAGAAAAUUUGAAUGAAGAGCACAUGAAUAUUCAUGUCAUUAAUGAUAUUCAAGAUGAGGAUAUGAAUAUUAAUGAGCAUAUUGAUGAAGAAGAAGAUAUGAAUAUCAAUGAGCAUAUUGAUGAAGAUAUGAAUAUUCAUGUUUUAGAUACACUCUCACGGAAAUUUAAAAUGCCAUCAUUCUUACAGCCAGAGACUCUGUCGUCCAGUUAUAAUGAUGAUGAUAAUUCUGUACCGGGUAACAAUAUGACUGGUAAUACAACUCUAGAGAAAGUACUACUCAAACUACGGCAGAUUGGUUCCCAGUCUAGCCCCGAAAUACCAGCAGAUGACGAGGAGGGGGAAUCCCCUAGAUUAUUAUCUCCUACUCUAUCUGGAGUUUCAGAGUUGUCAAGUUUAUCAGAAGCUGAAUUUAAAAAUGUGGAUCAGAAGAGUAAUAAAACUGACGAGAAAAUGGUGAAGCCUGUUAAAAAAGUGAAAGCCAAUUCUGCACAAAAGAGGAAAACUGUUGUUAUGGACAUGUUCCAGGAAAUAACCCCACCAGAUAAAAAACACACAGCUAAACAACGACGUCUUGCAGCCAGUAAUAAAAGCUCAAGUGCCAGUAAUUUUGGAAUUUUAUUUUAUGAAGAAGAUAUUUUCCUAUGAUUUAUAACCAGUCUAAAUCAACCAGUCCGUCCAAUUUAAUUUGAUUAAUCCAGUGGAUCUACAUACAAACAUUUUGAUUUCGUUUGAAAUAUAGUGCUGAAUUGGGUUUGAUCGGGUAUUUUAUUGUGAUCAGUAAUGCUGUAUUCUUCCAUUGAUUAGGCACAUAUUUUUUUUUACCAUUUAUGUAUGAUGUUAAGCAAAUCUUAGUUUUUCUGCAUCAACAUCGAUGUCUGAAGAUGAGGUCACUGCUUGAGAAUCAAUUUGUGUCGACUAUGUGACGCUACAUCACAAUAAGCCUAUAUAAUUUAUAAUUCUGGUGGCAAAAUUAAAUACAAUUCUGUUCUCUUUCAUGUCCAAAAUCUAAACAAUUAAAUAUUGAUAGGAAAUCGGUAUGUUUUUUAUUUUAGUUUCAUUUUUAGCUUGAACUGUAAACAUUGGAACAUAAAAUUAUUUAUAUCUUAUGUUUUAUGUUUCUUGUAGUAUUUUAAUCUAGUCAAUUGAUGAAUGAAUCUCCUUUAAUUUUUUCUGUCGAUCAAUUACACAGCCUGUUGGGAAAACAGCUUCUAGGGUAAUAGACCUUUCUAUUGCUAAAGUAAAGCUACAUGUUCAUUUUUUUGUUUUCUGCUGUACUGGUACGUACUUUAUAAACUACAGACCAAUUAGUAGAAACUUUUUUCCCUCUUACACAAGCGUCAAAAUGAAUCUACUAACAUUAUUCUUGUGUUACUAGUCAAUUAUAUAUGGUUCUUAUCAAUAAAUUAUGGUUUCAUCAGUUAUUUAUGAUGUCAUCAAUUAUUUAGGAUGUCAUCAAUUAUUUAGGAUGCCGUCAAUCAAUAAUGGUGUUAUCAAUUAAUUAUGGUGCAGUCGUUAAUUAUGGUGCCAUCAAUUAAUUGUGGUACUGUCAAUAUCAAUUAUGGUGCUUUCUUUUAAUUAUUGUACUGUCAAUUAAAGAAGCUUUCAACAAUUAUCAUUUCAACAAUUAAUUAUGAUGCCAUCAAUUAAUUAUGG